CUGGGGAUGGGUGUUCGAGGUCAUUGGAAGGACGUGAUGAAGUGACCUCGACUAGGAAACCUCGCUGACAACGUGUCGUCUCGUCUUGUCUCGUCCGGUCACUAUAGGGAUCACGUCAUACUUCGGACUGCAAGACCUCUUGGCAAAGAUGUUACAGGUUCGAAUACAACAAUCGCACGAACCGAUCGGGCGAAAGGCAUUCCAGCAAUGACGAGGUAUCGAGCCCGAGAGCCGGGGUCCAGAUUUGUGGCGAUGGGGGGUGCGAACGUUACAUCUUCCGGGACCGCCUUCGAGAUCCCGAGAUGCCCAACCCGAAUCCGAUGUUCCUGCCAUCCCGCCUGGCUUACCGGUUCUUGCACGAAUACUCGCGCGUCAUCUUUCCCGUGCUCGACCUGGUCGCCAUCGAGCGAUCCAUAGGCGCGUCGUUUGACACCUCUCGACCUGGCGCACGACGACCUUUUCCUGACAUCGCCAGUCCACGGGUUGAGCGCGCUCGGGACAUGCUCGUCCUCGCCUUUGGCGCACAAGUCAUUAGUGGGGACGGCGACGCGGAUUGCCCGAAAGACAUUGCCGUGGUCUGGAGCGAGACCUUGUUCAGAGCGGCUUACGGGAUCAUGAACGAUAUGGGCGCGUUUGAAGGCGGAGUCGACUUGAUUCGAUCGUGGAUCAUCUAUGCCGAGUUCAGUCUGAGUCACGGAAACAGUGGGGCCGAAUUCGAAACCAUGAACACGGCGGCCCGAUCGAUCACCCGGAUGGGUCUGCACAAGCGCGGGACGUACGAGUUCGACGUCGCCGAGGUCAACGACUAUCGGACCGUCUUUGCCAACUCGCGCCUCUCGGUCAUGCUCAAGCUGGCCCGAUUGGCGGACGAAGUGCAGCGAGCUGGCCCUGUUGUCGGUCGAAGCGGGUAUCAGACGAGUGCUCGAUCUGUACGAACGGGUCUUGGCUUUUCACGCCGAGGUGGGCGGUCACUUUGGGACGCCGUCGAACACCUUCGGAUCGAGCUACCUCGCGAGUUUGAUCGGGACGGCGACUAUCAGCGGACGUUGGUGCUCUUUACCAUCUACGGCAUGUACCUUCAGUACGUCGAGGCACUGGCGGACGAGUGCGUCAAGACGGCCUGCGAGACGAUCGACAUGUUUGAGCGGCACAUCGCCAUGUACCCGCAUACUCCUGAGCUCUCGCUCUCGUCCAUCUUUAUGCUGUACGCCGUAUCGAUCGUCUAUAUGGACGUCCUCCGCCUGCCCGUCGUCGUCGCUUCGACACGCCACGCCGGGCACAUCGAGUCGGCCCUGAAGAGCCUCGAACAUUACGAUCACCCGGCGGCGACCUUGGCCGAGGCGAGUCCCCCCCCGGCACCUCCUCGAGCCAUGUGUCGGGACUUGUUGGUCAACUUUAUCGACGAGACGGCAGCUCAUUGUGGCCCCCCACGACCUCGUUUGAGACGGAUCGCCUUCUCUUGGCGGAUCCGCCAAUCUGUGACGAGUGCUAUGCCUUCUUACCAUGCCCGGGAUCCAACGCAAUACACGGUAGCCUCGCGUACACCCAAUGCCGCGACAGCGGAAGGAUCUUCUACGAUCUUCCUGCAAUUUAACGGACCGAAUUUAUCGCUGAGAUCCAUUUACACCACAGCAUCGCACAAGAACGGGCAGCUGCAACUAUACGAGCAGAUAGACUCCAACAGCACCAAGACAUGGUACGUCAUGACUCUGCAAGGCGAGUUCAAGCUCAACUUCAGUCCAGGUCGCGAAAGGGAAGCAACCGAGAAUGAUGAUGCCACGCAGAUAGCUUCCAGCCGUAUGCAGCAGAGGGUCGAGCGUUUGAAGAGCAGAUGGACCCUGCUCGUCGGCCUGGUGGACUCUGAGAAACUGUCAGGUAUCCCUGAGGACCCCGCUUUCUUUCGUCUGGCGCAAAAUUGGGAGGUUGACAGCUUCUUGGGGCAAAAGCAGAUCGCUAGGCUCACAAAAGAACUUCUCGUUCCCUUGACCCUAUUGUCUCGAUCUGACGCUUCAUCUCAUACUCCUAUUCGUGACGAUACUGUGUGGACCCAAGUCAACAUUUCGCAAGUCAUCAACUCCAUCGCAUUCUUGGAAGAGUGGAUGCUCGCACUGGAUGUCGCGCGAAGCGUAGCUGAUCUGCUAAAGCUCGAGGCAGGGACGAGGUUGUCGUCUUACGAACGACUGAAUAGCGGGGUCAUCUUAUCCUUAUACGGGCAGUCGAAGUUCAUGCGGCCUUAUUUUGGAGAAGCGUGA